AGCAGACAGCGCCAGUCCACGAGGCGUCGCGUGGGGACCACAAGUCGACUGGAAGAGGAAAAGACUUCUGCUGACGAUGGGAGUCAUGUGACGUAAAACAUACGCGACACACGCACACGUGUAGUUGUUCUUGAGCGUGAACUGUUCAGACAAAACAUGGGGAAGAAGCUAAAAGUCGGGAAGACCAGGAAGGAUAAAUUUUACCAUUUGGCAAAAGAAACCGGUUAUCGUUCUCGUUCAUCCUUCAAACUCAUCCAGCUGAAUCGUAAGUUCCAGUUCUUACAGAAAGCCAGAGCUCUGGUUGACCUCUGUGCUGCUCCAGGAGGAUGGUUGCAAGUAGCAUCGAAAUUUAUGCCCGUCUCAAGUCUCAUCAUCGGUGUUGACUUGGUCCCCAUUAAGCCCAUUCCCAACGUGGUGACGCUGCAAGAAGACAUCACGACUGAGAAAUGCAGACAGGCUCUUCGAAAGGAGCUUCAAACUUGGAAGGUAGAUGUUGUGUUAAACGACGGAGCCCCAAAUGUGGGAGCAAACUGGCAACAUGAUGCCUUUUCUCAGGCCCACCUGACACUCAUGGCCUUGAAGUUGGCCUGUGACUUUUUGAACAAAGGAGGAACUUUUAUCACAAAAGUGUUCCGUUCUAAAGACUAUCAGCCUCUGUUCUGGAUCUUCCAGCAGUUCUUUAAGAAGGUGCAGGCCACUAAACCCCAAGCUUCAAGAAACGAGUCUGCUGAGAUCUUUGUUGUUUGUCAAGGAUUUGUUGCUCCAGACAAAAUCGACAACAAGUUCUUUGACCCCAAACAUGCAUUCAAAGAGGUGGAGGUGCAGGCCAAAACUGUGAAGGAGCUGGUUCCCGAUAAGAAGCCAAAGGCGGAGGGAUACGCAGAUGGUGAUUUGACGCUCUACCACAGUUUCACCGUAACAACAUUUCUAAAAGCAGAAAACCCCGUUGAUUUUCUGGGAAAAGCCAGCGAGAUCACCUUUGAUAAUCCAGACCUGGAGUCCCACUCCUCCACUACCAGUGAAAUAAAGGAGUGCUGUCGCGACAUCAAAGUUCUGGGCCGAAAAGAGCUCCGCCUGCUGUUGAACUGGAGAACAAAGCUUAGAAGAUAUCUGGCAAAGAGACUGAAGGAGGAGGCUAAGAAGCUUGACCAGGAGAUCAAUUUAAGUUCAGAUGAAGAACAAAGUCAUUCAGAGGACGAAUCGGCCAAGAAGAAGGAAGAUGACAAAGAGAAUAAGGAUGAGGAUGAUGAGGAGGAAGAAAUGGAGAAAAAACUAGCCCAGCUGAAAACUCAAGAAGUGGCUGAACUCAAACGGAAGAAGAAGAAGCUGUUGAAGGAGAGGAGGAAGCAGAGGGAGAGAGUAGAGCUGAAGAUGGACCUGCCUGGUGUCUCCAUUGCCAGCACCUCAGACCCAUCCUUGUUUUCACUAUCAUCCAUGAAGAAGUCAAAGGUGCUGGCUGAUAUCACUAAAGGGGACAUGCAGGCGGCAGACAACAUGGUAGAUGGAGAAGAUGACAUUCACGUUUCAGAUGAGGAGGAGGAGGAUGGAGCAGAUAAAAUGUCUCUGGCAUCUGACUUAGAUGAAGAUGAUUUGGAAGAAGUGGAACAAAGACAGAAAGUGCUGGAAAAGAAAGCAUCCAAAAAAGUAAAGUUUGAGGAGGAAGAGCAAGAAGACGAGGAUCAGGAGGGUGGGCUGCUGGUGGAACUGGAGGGAAAAGAGGAGAAAAAGGAGCAGCAGACCAAUCUGUGGUUUAGCAAGGGCAUCUUUUCUGAAAUUGACCUGGAGGGAGAUGCAGAGAGUGAGCUGAAACAGACCGAACUGCUCCAGAGCAAACAGUCAGGAAAAGGCAAAAAAAGGAAAUUUGAGGAAGAAGAAAAAGCGACUGGAGAAGAGAAAAGGGAGGAAGCUGCUCCUCCAGAUGAGGCAAAAGCAGGAACGUCACAGGAAGCUGUGGAGGAAAGUGACAGCGACUCAGACGAUAGCAGCGACGAUGAGAAGGAAAUUGCCAGUAUGAAGCCAGGAAAGGGAGCUAAUGCUGCAUCAGGAGAAGCUGACGAGGACGGAUUUCAGGUUGUUCCUGUGGAAAGUACCAGUAAGAAAGCAAGAAUUCUGGAUGCAGAAGGCCUGGCCCUUGGCUGUGAGAUUGCCACAUCCAAGAAGAAAGCGAGGGAUCUGGUGGACGACUCCUUCCACAGGUUUGCCAGCUCCGAUGAGCCAUGGGAGGUACCCGAGUGGUUCCUGGAUGAUGAACGUAAACACAGAAAGAAGCCGAUACCUGUUACCAAGGAGAUGGUGGAGGAGUACAAACAAAAAUGGAAGGAGAUCAACGCUCGGCCAAUUAAACGAGUGGCUGAGGCCAAGGCCAGGAAGAAGAGAAGGAUGCUGAAGAAGAUGGAGCAAGCCAAGAAGAAAGCUGAAGCUGUUGUCAACACUGUGGACAUCUCCGAAAAGGAGAAGCUGGCUCAGCUAAAGACGAUCUACAAGAAAGCAGGCGUGAAAAAGGAAAAGAGAGAAUUGACCUACGUCGUGGCCAAAAAGGGAGCCGGCAAGAAGGUGAGACGGCCCCGUGGUGUUAAGGGACUUUUCAAAGUGGUGGAUGGUCGCAUGAAGAAAGAUGUUCGGGGAAUACAGAGGAAAGAACACGCCAAAGGGGGGAAAGGAAAAGGAAGACAGUCCAAAGGUGGCAAAGGAGGAUUCAAGGCUGGUAAAGGGAAGAGAGGAAAAUAAAUCACAAGCUUGGUCCAUAUUGCUUUAUUGACAUUCUUUCCUAUAAUAUAAUAGCCUUUUGUGGCGUUAUGCACAUAGUACAUUUUAUAAACAUGUGGUUUCUCUAAACUAGUUCGAUGCUAAUAACAAUAAAUGUGGUCAGAACAUUUUGUAAAUAUUAAAUUUACACAAUUGCAAUAAAGGUUUUCUUUAAA